AUGACUGGACUAAUCUAUGUGACGUGCUGUAGAGCGGAGCCUCCUCCGUUGGGUCUCGCGGCCCCAUGUGCGGGCUGCGACAAACCGAUCCUGGACAAAUUCCUCCUGAACGUUCUCGAACGAGGUUGGCACGCCAGUUGUGUGAGGUGUUGUGACUGUUUGCAACCUCUGACGGACAAGUGCUUCUCCAGGGAAGCGAAACUGUUCUGUCGGAACGACUUCUUUAGGCGAUACGGUACGAAAUGCAGUGGUUGUGGUCAAGGAAUCGCUCCUUCGGACCUGGUCAGGAAACCUAGGGACAAGGUCUUCCAUCUGAACUGCUUCACGUGUCUUGUUUGCCGCAAACAAUUGUCGACGGGUGAACAAUUGUACGUUCUGGAUGACAAUAAGUUUGUUUGCAAGGACGACUAUCUGACGGGAAAGGCGAACGCGUGUGGGCAUAAUAUGUUAAUUCAAUCUCUGAUGGGUUCAGCUUCCGAAGACGAAGACGAUGAUGACCUCCCAGGAACGAAUCCGAGGUUAUCUGGAGGUCUUGGAUCAGCAGGCGGCAUCCUAGGAUCUGCUUCAGGUGGAGCAGGACUCAUUGGAGCAGGUCUUAUUGGAUCAGAUGCCGAAUUAGCGGCGAUGAAUGCCGAUUCCAAAACCGGGAUGGAAGAUUCGGAAGAUCAGACUUCCCUGGAUGGUGACGCUCUCACGGGCGGUAACUCUGGGGGCGGCAAUUCCGGAGGUGGCGAUUCUGCUGGUGGCGGUAAAUCGCCUGCAGGCGACGACGAAGCUGGUGGUGGCAGCAAGAGAAGGGGUCCCAGGACGACGAUCAAAGCAAAACAAUUGGAGAUACUGAAGACGGCUUUCGGACAGACGCCGAAACCUACGAGACAUAUCAGGGAACAACUGGCGAAGGAGACGGGAUUGCCUAUGAGAGUUAUACAGGUGUGGUUCCAAAACAAACGCUCGAAAGAACGUCGUCUCAAGCAACUGACAUCAAUGGGUCGGGGUCCCUUCUUUGGAGGAUCCCGCAAGAUGCGAGGCUUCCCCAUGAAUCUGAGCCCUCACGAAGACUCCGUGGGAGGUGGCGUGUUUCCACCCUAUUUCGAUAAAUUUGAAUUCGCCGGUCUGUCGUACCCCCCAGGGUUCCAUCAUCAUGGCGGAGACGGAGGUCCGCCUCCGCAUUUCUUUGGAGGACCGCCGGUACCCCCUCAAGGAGGAAUGCAUGGGGUUGGAGGACCGGGAGGAGCUGGCGGAAACGGAUUUGGGGAUGAUUUUGGAAGGUUUCGGUUGGGACUAGAUAGAGUACAUCAUCAUGGAGAUCAAGGUCCUGGUAUGGGUGCUGGUGGAAUGAUGGGUGACUUCGAAGGCGCCUUCAUGAAUCCUUCAGGUCCUGGUGGCGGUGCUGGAGGAGGUGGACCUAUGCAAGGACCCGCAGGAGACCAUAUGGGAGGUCCUGGUGGACCUGGUGUACCACCAAGAGGUGGUGGAGGUUCCUCGCCUGAGUUUAUGGGCGGCGGUGGAGGCGGAGGUGUACCUCCUGCUUUUAGCGAACCCCAAAAUAUGCACAGUGAAGGAUUGGUUUGGUAG